UAAAAACUAUUUCUUUUUAUUUACUUCUUACAAUGCCAUUACUGAAAUCCUAACACAAGGUUAUAAGAGUGACUUGUCGUAUUAUUCUAAUAUUUUUUCGAAGACCAACCAACAAAAACAGAUGCAACAAAAUAAUGUUAAACAACUCGAAGAGCCAAGUAAAAAGAAAAUUAAAUCUUUACUUCCAGGAAACUCCGACGACUUAGUGCCGGAAGAACAUUCAGUUAAAGAGACAAAUACAAAACUGUCUCUCAAGCGUAAGAAUACCAAUAGAACGAGUCUUGAACCAACGAAAGCUCAAAAACCAAAUGAAAAGAACGGGGCGUCUGCAUUACCGAAUAGAAGAAAAUCGUUCAUUAUGAAGAUCUUUGAUUGUCUUAGAAAGCAUGAUUAUAGUGACACUCAACAUAAAGAGAAAGCUGAAACUCAACCAUCGAAAUUAAAAAUAUCUGAACCGAAAUCGGUCGUCAGUGACUCCAAGGUUUUGAAAGAGUCUAACAUGAUUGAUUUACCCAAGAAACAAAAUAUACUGAACAAAAGGCCUGUUUCUGAUAUUCCUCGUAAUAUCAGUAACACUCCUAUUCCAAAAGGGGAGAAGAAAAGGUUUUCUCAUAUUUAUAUGCCUAUUCCUGACUUGGAGAGAUCAAAUACUAUCACUAGUAGUAUUGACCAAAUUGUCAAAGGAUCGGAUCAGAAUGCCGCCUCUGGACCUUUGCGAGUGGAAGAUAACUUUAAAUUUCCAAACUCAAGUCAAAAUAAAGUUCCCAUUGAUACGAAGUCUCAAUUGAGUAAUCAAGUAAUUACCGAGGAGCCUAUGAAUAACAGCAGCCUGAGUAUUUUCAAUUCUUCCAAUGUUAAUAGAAAAUUUCCAUUACCAUUCUCGAACAACUCAGAUGAUCCACUUGGACGCCAACCAUCUAUUUCAAAAACAACUCCGAAGCAAUCGGUUGAAGCAUUUCAGUCAUUUGCUAAUGAUGGAACAAGAUCAAGUAGUGUUUACAGCUCUGUUCAUUCAUCAAGAAAAGUUUCUCAGGAACAGCCCUACCCAGAUGUUAUAAGCCAACCACCCCCAUUGCAAGUUGAGCAAAAAUCACAAUCAAUGCUUUUGGAUACUCAACAGCCUCAAACUUUCAGAGCAAACCAAGCUAAUUCUUCUUAUCCACAGCAUCAGUUUCAGCAUAGAAAUAUACCCACAAAGAAGGCAUCAUUAAUUGACCACAGCAAACCAAGUCAUACCCCAAAUCAAUGGUCUACUUCUGAUAACAGUCAGAAAACCAGAGUUCCUUCAAAUGAUUCCCAAAAAAGAAAAUCCAUGACAGAAGAGAAUGUUUUGGUUUUGGAUACCAUUCCAUACAAGACAAGAACAAAUAUGUCGAGAGGAUAUGACAAUAUUGACGCUGAAGAUUUUUAUAGAGAUGGUGAAACAAACUGGGUUACCAUCUCUAGAGAAAAUUCUUCUCUAUUAGAAAAUGAGGUAAGGGCAUUAAAAGAAGUGACUCGUUUAGACUCAUUUGAAGUUAUAAAUGUCAAAGAAGUACCAAUUCCAAAACAAGCAACCUCUACCCCUAUGACAGGUGGACUGGGUGCUUUGCCUUUCAUUGAUGAUAAUGACACUGCUUCGAUUUAUUACUCACCCUCUCAAGAACCUUCCCCGGAAAAAUUUGAUAAUAGAAAUAUACUCAGUGACAGCAUAACCUCACCAUUUGGCUACAAGACUAAUCAAGGAAAAGAGGAAUCUGUCACUUCAUUAACUUCCUCUCAAUAUAUCCGCGAAUUUGGAAAUCAACUCGAAUCUACGUUUUCUAAAUAUGGUAAUUUAGGUAGCCCUUCUUUUGAGGUUGGUUUUGACCAUGCAUCUAUGUCUGACAAUGAAACUAUCAAGAUUGAUUCCGAACCUACUUCGGAGUCUUCAGAAGAAAGCGAUCCUGAAGUCAGUCCAAUCAUUAUCAAGGGAGAUUUUGAUAGCCAAUCUUACGAUGCUCAAUCGAAACUCGAGAACGAAGAUCCUAGUAUCAAACUGAUAAGGGAGACUCGACCUACAAAGCCAGAAUUAGCUCUCAAUUUGUCUAGCUCCGAGGAAGAAUAUUUCUCGAGUGAAGACAUUGCAAGAACUAUAACUUUAAUCCAUAAUAACUCUGCAAGCUUAAUUAAUAGCAGAGCCGAAACUACAUCUGGUGCAAGCAAAUCUACAUCACCCAACACUUUUAAUUCUUCUUCCAGUGACGCUACUAUUAUUAAUGAUUAUAUACAAGAAGCUACUAAGCAACCUUUACAAGAAAAAUAUGGGGCCAAGCUACUUCCUACAAAUCAAAGAUCAUUUGACAACAGACGUAAUCUGUAUGAAGAUAAGAAAAUGGAGGCCCCUGGUUUUGCAAUUCGUUAUGAUUCAGUUGCUUAUCUUUCCGAUAUAAUCAAUGGAACUGUUAAUUUUAACCUUAACGAUGAAGAAGACAAGCCCAACUUCAACUGAUUUUUCUUCCUCUUUUAUUUUUUUGUUUUAUUAAACCAUUUCAUCAUACUUUUUCAUGUAUUAUUUUACGCCGAUGUUACUUUAUCCAAAUUUCGAGUAUUUGAGAAAAUGGCCG